AUGUAUUUUAAAAAGUUGUUGCAAACUCUAGCACAAGAUAAUUAUCAAGAUAUUGCUGCUAGCUAUCAACAUAUUGGUCGAGCACUCCAUUAUCAAAGUAAUCUUGAUGAAGCUAUUCAAUGUUAUCAAUAUGCUUAUACUAUACAAAAAGAACAUUUACCAGCAGAUCAUUUAGAUAUUGCAUUAACCUUAUUUUUUUUUGGCGGAACAUACGUUGAAAAAGGUGAAUAUGAUCUUGCGUUGACAUAUUUUGAUGCUGCUCUUCAAAUGCAAAAGAGAAUUUUGAAUUGUGAUGAUAGAUGUAUUGCUUCAACAUUAAUGGGUUUUGGUUGGGCAUAUGAUAAAAAAGGUGAAUAUACGAGUUGAAAUUGGACGUGGUGCCGUUUUGAAAUCGGGUCUUUUUGCCUUUGUUAACCGUGGGUUUUUGUUCGAUUGUUGGUGAUGAUGUGUGAUGUUUUGCGGGUAGCAUCCAUGCUGGCGGUU